AUGCCAAAACCAAGCCAUAAACGAGGUGAGUUGGAUCCCACGCCAGCAAGCCAAACCGGCCUUGAGGAAAAGGGCGCUGGUAGCGCUGAUGGUACUUCAGAAAUACUGAAGGAACUCAAACUAUUUCGAACUGAAACGGCAGGGAACUUUGGUGUACUGAGGAAGGAGGUGAGCGACAUAAAGCUUAACUUCGAAGAAUUAAAAACAAGGGUGAAUGACGCCGAACAGAGGAUCGCAGAUAACGAGGAACGUAACAUGGAUCUGACUAAAGUGCUGUUUCAUCUGAUGCGUAAACAAAAGUACCUUGAGGAGAAGUGUGAGGAUCUGGAAGGCCGUUCACGGAGAAAUAAUUUGAGAAUUUACUCAGUACCGGAGAAAACUGAAGGCAGCAAUAUGAUUGUGUUUAUAGAAAAGCUAAUUCGUGAACAGCUUAGUAUCCGGGAGGAGAUUUACAUUGAAAGGGCGCAUCGCGUAGGAGGAACAGGUGUCUCCGUGGGACGUGCUGCUGCGGAUUUCACCAGAUCUAUCAUCGUUUGUUUUCGCAGUUUUAAGGAGAAACAACGAGUGCUGCAUGCUGCAUGGUCUCUAAAGGACAUUCGUAUUAACGAUCAACGGAUAUAUUUUGACGAGGAUUACACCACUGAAGUGUUUAAGGAGCGCGCAAAAUACAGGAGCGCAAGGAAACAACUCCAGGAGCGAAAAAUCAAGUCUCGCAUUCUCUACCCUGCAAAACUCAUGUUGUUUCUGCAGGAUGGAAAGACUAAGAUUUUUGAAAACCCACGAGAAGCAGCUGAGGGUCUAAAGGACUUUGGCGUAACGAUGGAAGUCCCAAGAAAAGAGCCGGAUUGGGACUCAGCGCUGCGGGCUGCGGGAUGGCAGUCCCCCCGCAGGAGGAGCAAACGUGCUCCCGCCGGGGAAAUAACAGCCAGCGUUGAAUCUCUUCGACUUUCCUUGGUCAGUUAUGAAAAUGAUAAAACAGACGACGACUAA